AUGGAUGGGACGCACAUCGGGUGGGAUGCCAUGAACAACUGCACCGAUCAGCAGUACUGGGACACCCUCGUCUGCCAGUGCAUCCCCUGCAGCCUCGUAUGCGGCCGGCCCACAGUGAGGAGGUGUGCUGCCCUGUGCGAGUCCAUGGACUGCAACAGGAGAACCGGCUUCUACUACGACGAGCUCCUGAAAAAUUGCAUCAACUGCACCACGGUCUGCGGGCAGCACCCGAAGCAAUGCGCCCCAUCCUGCGAAAGUGCCCUGGUGGCCACCCCCCAUCUGCCAGCCACCCUGGUCACAGCCUCGCCGCCCACAGCUGUGCUGGAGCAGAAGGCGUGCGCGGAGCCGGAGCCGUGGCUGGUGGUGUACCUGCUGCUGGGGCUCUGCCUCUGCACCCUCAUCUGCUCCCUGCUCCUGGGCUGGACCCACCUGCGGAGGAAGGGAGAGGUGGUCUCCUGCCAAGCCAGCACUGGGACCUGCCACCGCAGGGAGGACUCCUCCAAAGAUCGUCUCGUGGAAGCGGGCAGCGUUGGUGAUGGAUCCACCGGCAGCAGGGUCCCAGAGCCGGUGGAAACCUGUGGCUUCUGCUUCCCUGGACACGGCUCUGCUGUACAAGAGACCAAAUCGUGCCACAGCACCUCCUAUCACAUAGGGGAAAGAGCUGCUCCCUCUCACACGGGGAUAUGCAGCAGAGGAAGCGCUGGGGCCAUUCCCAGCCCUGACGAUGGCCACUUCAAAAUCAUAUGUUCUCCUUCACAAGAGAAGACGCUUAUGGCGUGACCGUAG